AUGGAGCCUCAGGCCGUAUCAUCUUCCCUCAACAGCAACAGCAGCGCCGCUGGUGCUGCUGCCUCUAUCAGCAAUAGCACUCCCACCACCAACAGAAUCACCAAGCGUGCGCCCAAAAAGACAGUCUCUAGAAUCAAAUCUGUGGUUGCUGGUGCUGCUGGUACCACUCAGCCUUCUCUCUCCAACCCCUCCCACGGCUUAACUCCUCAGAAGCGGCAAGCUGACUGUCUCUCUGCCAUAGCUCCCUCUUUCUCUGAACACUCCUGCUCGCCUCCUCUUCAUGCCCCCUCUCCUUCCUCCCACACUCCUUCCUCCCACACUCCUUCCUCCCACACUCCCUCCUCACCUUCCCAUCGCUCCUCCCCUCCUCCUACUGACGCCGAUUGCUGCACCCCUCAAAAGCGACAGGCUACGGGUGUGCAUUCCCGUUUACCUCCCUCUCCCGCUUCUACUUCUCCCCCUGCUCCCUCUCCUCCCGCUGCUGCCCCUGUUGCCCUUGCUCCCUCUCCUCCUGUUCCCCCUGCUGCCCCUGCUUCCCCUGCUCCUCCUGUUCCCUCUCCUCCCCCUCCUCCCUCUGCACGUGGGAAGGCUUUUGAAGCGCCUCUAAAUCCCUGUCUCACGAGCCUACACGUUUUCACCGACCCUGCCACCAUGCCUGUCACUGUGCCCAUCACCAAGCAAGCUGCCGUACCUGGUGCUACCGAGCCUGAUCCUGGCGCCGCUGGCCACAAGCUCGGGGGAGGGUUGGAGAAAGGUGGAGCGGCGAAGGAGGUGGUGACUGGUGCGGGUUUACCUGGUGUGUGGGGAGCUGUGGUGGGGGUAGGGAGCGAGGGGAGUGGGGGUGUGGGUGAGGGGGUGGCGGUGGAAAUGGGCUCGCUGGGACUGAAACGAGUGACCGCUGCUGAUCGUGAGAAGACGGGUGGUGAUGCUUCAAGGAUGGAUGGAGCUGAGAAGACGCGGGGAGGGAUGGGCGGAGGGAUGAAACGGGGGGUAAGCAAAGAUGUGCAGAAGGGAGAUACAGGCGCUGUCCCAGAAGAGGGGAUUGAGAAAGGAGGGAGGGGAGAGAUGUCAGGAGCAGCUGUUCGCUUGAUGGGGUUCAACUUGAUGUCCUCUCAAACAUCAAUCACCACCACCACACCUGCUGCCUCUGGGCCUGCCUGGCCUUUUGGAUCUUCUGCUGCUGCAGUUGCAUCAGCACCCUCCUCGCAUCCGUCCCUCGCACCCACGCCACCCCAAAACCCAGCCGCUUCCCCCAACGCCUCGCGUUCCCGUCUCUCCCUCUCCUUUGUCUCCGACGCUGCUCUUCCCGAUGCCUUGGAACCUGUGAUCGGCUCGCAAGACAGCCUCGUGCGGAGCUUCUGGGAGGGGGCAGGAGGAAGAGUCGUUUCCAUGUCGCUGACAGACCGUGCGGUUUCCGAGUCGCCUCAGAAAGGAAUCGGAGAGUCGGCGAGUGCUGUUGUUGGAUCACAGGGCAUAGAAGUCACCUGUGAGGCGUUUGCACCUGCUGCUAUCACACCAGCUGCUAGCACACCAGGUACUAUCACAUCAGGUGCUAACACUCCAGUUACCAUCACACCACGUACUAUCACUCCCGCUACUAUCACAUCAGGUGCUAACACUCCCGUUACUAUCACACCAGGUGCUAACACUCCCGCUACUAUCACAUCAGGUGCUAACACUCCCGUUACUGUCACAGCAGGUGCUAACACUCCCGCUACUAUCACACCAGGUGCUAACACUCCCAUUAAUAUCACAUCAGGCUGGGUUCCGGCCGUAUGUGAAUCGGCAGCAGCAGCAGCAGCAGCAGCAGCAGCAGCAGCAGCAGCAGCAGCAGCAGCAGCAGCAGCAGCAGCAGUGCGCAUUGGGUGUGACAGUGGGGCAGCAGCAGCAACAGCACAAUCUGGGGACGACACAGCCGUGUUAUGUUCGCUCUCAACAGACUCUCAGCCAGACCCCCUUGACCCAAAACCCCACUACCAUUCACCAAGCUCAAAACACUACCAUCCGCGUCCCUGGCUUUCCGAAUUCCACUCAGCCUUCCACCCACAAUAA